AUGGCUGCGCGAAUGCUGUAUGGAACGAUUACAACAACCUGGUGGGACAAUUUGGCUCAACGUGGUCUAGAUGCGCCUUUGUACGACUGCGGUAUCGCAGUAGACGUAAAUUCUGCAUCAGUGGCCGAAAUCUGGCAGCGUUUUUCGGAGACAAUUCAAUUAGCGCUUCUGGACUUUGAAACCGCUAUCGACUCUCCUCAUCGAGGCCGUCUUGUCAAUCAGCUCUGCGCCGAUGGAGUAACAGCAAAGUUCGUUCGCUUGCUUGAUGACAUGAAUCAACGAACAACUACUGCAGUUCGAACACCAGCCGGCUGUACAGCACCGUUUGAGGUGGUAACUGUGGUAAGUCAAAGAGCAGCAGCAGGACUAUUCCUGUUCAAUUUCGCCUUCGGCGAUAUUAUGCGAACAACAGUAGAUCAGUGUCCUGUCGAUAUCAUCCUAGCACCAUCAGGACGCCCCUUGACCGAUCUCGAGUACGGUGACGAUGUUGUUAUAUUCGCGGAAAUUAGUAUGAAACUUCAAAAUGUCAACCUUGUAUGGAAGCUAACUGUAGCCUAA